UAGGUUUUUUCUCCCCAAGAAAAUAUUUAAUUUGGUUGCUGAAAUUGUGACCAUUGAAAGUUAAUUUUUCUGCUAAUCGCAUAUUUAUCUGUUUCUACUGUAAAUUUCUUAGCAAAGAAAUUCAUAGAUAUCUACUUAAUGGUAUGGUGAAUUAGACCUAAAACUAUUCGCAAGUAAAAGAUUUAUUUGUAUUAAAAGUCUGUAGGUAAGUUGCUAAGAAAUAUUGAACUCCCAAAAACAAAGCCACAGUAUGCCCUACACAUCUUCAAAUAAAAACAAACACAAAAACAAAAAUAUCAUCUCCCUCCCCCCUCUUUACUAAAAAAAACCUUGUUUUGCAGUUAUGUAAGAAUUAUAUGCAUUUAUAUUCAUAUUUCAAUCAAAAAAUGACUUGUACUAUGGUUUCUAUGUCGCAAUUUCAUCUGUAGACUUCAAGUGAGCAAUAUACGUUUCAAAACAGAUAGUUUUAUCAGAAACGCGAUAACCUCUCGGCUGUAAUCAUACGUUGUUUCGUGUUUGUAUUUUAACACGCGCGAAAGCAGCGUCGCAGUAUUACCAACAUUACAAUAUUAUAGCACGGUGAUGAGGAGAAUGAUUUACAAAACAAAGUUGUUAUAACAAGAUGAUGUAACAAGAUUGCUGUUACGAAAUAUUUUGGCGAACACUUAACAGAGUACUGAUUUAAAUGAGCACAAAUUAGGUUAUCUUUUGUCAACAAAAGCGCAGGCAGUGCUGCAUCGGCGCCAUUCAUAAAAACUAAAUAAGUCGUCGGUCUAUGACGUAACGUAAGUUAUAAAGUGACUUGUAUUUGGUUGAAUUCGUUUGAGUGUAGUUCCUUAUACAAACAUUUUGUGCGAAAAUGGAUGCGGGCUUUAGCGAAGGCAAUGAAUUUUGUAACUACCGGUCCCCCUUGUCUACGCGAUACGCUAGCAAGGAAAUGCAGUACAAUUUCAGUGACAUGAAGAAAUUUUCAACUUGGCGAAAACUUUGGCUGUACCUGGCGCGAGCUGAGAAGGAGCUGGGGCUGGACAUAUCCGAGGAGCAGAUCUCCGAGCUGGAGGCGAACGUGUACAACGUGGACUUCCGGGCCGCGGCGGCCGAGGAGCGCCUCACGCGGCACGACGUGAUGGCACACGUGCACGUGCUGGCCUCCCUGUGCCCCAGGGCGGCGCCCGUCAUCCACCUGGGCGCCACCUCCUGCUACGUGGGCGACAACACGGACUUGAUAAUCCUGCGUGAUGGAUUUGACUUGAUCUUGCCAAAGGUAGCUGGAUGUGUAAAUCAGUUAGCCAAGUUUGCUGACCAGUAUAAAAGCCUUCCAACAUUGGGAUUCACUCACUUGCAGCCGGCCCAGCUGACGACGGUGGGGAAGCGCGCCUGCCUGUGGCUGCAGGACCUGCUGAUGGACGAGCGGGCCCUGAGGCGCGCCAGGGACGACCUCAGGUUCAGGGGCGUCAAGGGCACCACCGGCACGCAGGCCUCCUUCCUGCAGCUCUUCGACGGAGACGGUGAGAAAGUGAAGGUCCUGGACAAGAAAGUGACAGAGAUGGCGGGCUUCUCUCGCUCCUACACCGUGUGUGGCCAGACGUACUCCCGCAAGGUGGACAUAGAGUGUGUGUCUGCCCUGAGCAGUCUGGGAGCCACAGCCCACAAGAUCUGCUCGGACGUCCGGCUGCUGGCGAACAUGAAGGAGCUGGAGGAGCCGUUCGAGCGGACGCAGAUAGGCUCGAGCGCCAUGCCGUACAAGCGCAACCCGAUGCGCAGCGAGCGCACCUGCGCCAUCGGCCGCCAUCUCAUGACCCUGGUGGGCAACGCGCUGCACACUGCGGCCACACAGUGGAUGGAGCGUACCCUCGACGACUCCGCCAACAGGAGACUGACGCUGCCCGAGGCGUUCCUGUCUGCGGAUGCCGUACUCAUGACCCUGCAGAAUGUGUGCGAAGGGCUGGUGGUGUAUCCGAAGGUCAUUGAGAAGCACAUUCGCCAGGAGCUGCCCUUCAUGUCGACGGAGAACGUGAUCAUGGCCAUGGUGAAGGCGGGCGCAGACAGACAGGAAUGUCACGAACACAUACGUGUUCUCUCUCAAGAGGCCGGGGCAUGCGUGAAGCAGGAGGGGCUGGAAAACGACUUGGUCGACCGAAUCCGACGCAACCCUUACUUUGCACCGAUCCUCCCCGAGUUGGACAGCUUGCUGGACGCGUCCACUUUCAUUGGCCGCGCACCUGAACAGGUCACAGAGUUCCUGCAGGAAGAGGUGCAUCCUGUGCUGGAGCGGUACAAGGGCAAGAUCAGCAAGUCCGUCACUCUGAGCAUAUAGUGUCUGCACACGCGGUCUCGCCUGCCGGUGAUGUUAGCAGUUGAGUUCCAUUGUGUUAGAGCUGAGGAAUGUGUUACGUGAAGUCCAUAAAACUUGAGUGGUUAACAAAACAGCUUGGUAGCUACAUGAAUGCAAAUGUUCCUUUCAAUACAUGGUUAUUUUCAGAGAUAGGAGGUUUUUUUUUCUUUGCUCCUCAGAAUUAUAUUUCAUUGUAAUCUUUACAAUUUUGAGAUUACUUUUUAUUGUGAUCUGUUGAUUGCACAACUAUCAUGGAUUAAUAUUUAAAUAAUUACUCUUAAUGUUUCCUUUUAUUGUGUUGCUAGCACAUCUUUUUUUUUUUUUUCUUAUUUGUGUAUAUUGCAAGAUAUUUUUUUUUAAAAAUUUGAAUGUUUUGAAUAAGUAUGAAAAUUGCUUCAAAUGUAUUUAGACCUCCAUUUUGAUUCUUGUUUUUAGCUGAAACUGUACUGUUAUCUUGUGCUGUGUAUUAUGCCCUAAAGAAAAAUGUUACAGAUGGCAUUGUGUUUUACUGUUCCAAGGAAGGUCCAUAGAUUUUUAAAAAUAUUAACAUGAAUUUGAAGGAACAGCCAUGUCCUAGUUGGAGACAAGAUCACGUGUCUAUUUACUGCUGGGCCAAGGUUUUUGCAGUUAAUCAAAUAAAUCGACUGUUAAAUGUCAACACAAGCUUAAGGGCAUUUAUAAUAUUAAAUAUUAAGAGAGUUACAUUUAAACCCACAGCAAAUAUAUUCUACUUAAGUUUCUCCUAAUUGCUUGAGUUUCUCUCAGAAGGGCUGAUUUAUUGAAAGAUUCAUAUCAUUUUGUAAUAGCCCUGCUGUUCGCAAAGAAUGGUGUCAGUGUCUUUUGUUUGGCCCAAUUUUUAAAAAUCCAUUUUAUCCAGCCAAAGAAAUUAAAAAUCACAAUUAUUUUUGUGUUUCCAUAAUAAAGAUCAUUGUACGGAGGGAUCGCAAAACGCUCAUAUUGUGGCAUUAGCCUGACUGCAAUACAACCUUGCCAGCAGGAAGUAUGUGAACUAAUGAUGCCUGAUUAUAGAAAACUAUUGAUGUGUCAAAUUCCAAUUUUCUCGGAUCUGAAACCCGAGUUUGAAUUCCAAAGAGUAAUUUGAAUAUACCCCUUGACUCUGACUCUAGGUUCAAGGGUCCAAAAUAAAAUAAUGUACAAGAAAUGAAAAAUAUGAACCAUUAUGUUAAAAAUGUUAAUCCUUCAAAAGUUUUAUUCUUGAUCAGAAUCAAUAUGUAUUGUUAUUAUAUAUAUUAAAAGUAUUAUGUAUAUCUUGGGGAAUGGUAACAGAAUAAGUAUGAAGAAAACAGGUGACAUAAUAAACUUUAGAGGUUAUCAGUGUUGAAUUUUUAAAAUUUACUUUAUUUCAAAUUUUUUUUCUUUCAAUCAUUUUCCUUGAAUAUAGAAUCCUAAGGAUUUGAUGGUAUUUUAGUAUUUGAUUGGUCCAUUCCUAUAGGGAAUUUUCUCUCGGUCAAUGAUGCAAUCUUGCAGAUCUUUUAAGGUGGCACAUUGGCAAUCAACAGAUGACUUUGCCUAUUGCAUUGGAAGUAUGGCAUUGUCUCUCACCUAUACACGCGCUGCAGUGCAAGAUCUUCAUUUGCCUUUCGUCUGGCCUGUCCGCUUUCCCGCAGCAACAUCAGCUCACUCCCGUACUUUUUCAAUUAUUUUUGUUAGCUUAAAAUUAGCAAUGGGUCAGAUUCAUGUUUUCUCAAAUCCAAUUCAAUUCUUAUAAGAGUACCUUGAAUACUAAUCUAGGUAAGGGUCAGGAAUAAAUUACAUAUUGUAUAAGCAAAAUCAUCACUUAAGUUUUGGAAAAAAAUUCACAUAAUUAAAUUUAUAUUUUUAAAAUAAAAAAGCAUAUUUUUACAUGUUCAGCAUUUUUUACAAUUAAUUUUUUUUUAAUCUAAAAUGUUCCCUGAUGUGGUAAUGUGCUAGCCAAACAUUCUGGGGAGCAUUGUAGAACUCGUCAACUGCAUACUAGUGUUUGUAUUGUAAGUCCACCUUAACUUGUAAAUUGGAUAAGGUAAAAAAGUGCAAAUUUUCACACAUUUUGAAUUAAAAAUUGUGUUCAAUAUUUUUAAAUUCUUUUACUUGUUUUACACGUGGGAAAUGGGUUUUAUUGUUGUUUAGAGUUUACCAUUUAUCUUCUGUAGUAAAGUUAAUCAAGUAUGUACAACAGUGUGAGUGUGAGAAGUUGUGUAUGUUGGCAAAUUUAGAUGAUUUUUAUUAUGGCUCUGAUUGUUGUGUUAUGAGUAAUUUGUCAAUAAAAGUCAGUUCUGAACA